AUGACCUGCUCUGACGCUAUUGCCCUCGAUAUAGAGAACUCCACGGAAGACUUCCGAAACAGCCAACAUCAUCAGAACUCCGACGAGAUUUCUGUGACUAAUGAAGAUGAUCGCGACCUCUUAAAGCUUGGCUACCGGUCUAUCCUGGCCAGAGGCUGGGGCUCCUUCGACAAUUUCGCCUGCUCUUUCUCAGCUUUGAACUGUGUUGGGGGAAUCCGUGUGCUUUUCUAUAUCGCCCUCAGUGGAGGCGGACCGGCUGCCAUCUGGAGCUCCUGGGUCUCCGGUAGCAUACUGUCCGUCAUCACAGCCGCCUGUCUCGCUGAAGCUUGUUCAAGCUACCCCGCCGCGGGGUCGAUUUACUACUGGGCAUUCCGAUCUUGGGGCGGUGGUAAACUGGGCCGCUUCAUCUCCUUCCUAGUUGCCGCAUGGACAUUGGUGGCCUGGACCGCCUUCCUCGCGAGUGAUUCGUUCGGUGUUGCCAACUACCUGAUUUCGGAGAUCGUCGUGUUUGACCCAAAGACAAGCUUUCCAUAUGAAACGGCUGACGUCCGAGCGCGUGCCGUGGCAUGGGCCAUCUCGCUUCUUUUCCUGGCCAUUGCUACCACACUUAAUUUCCUACCUCCGCGAAUGUACUCCUGGGUAUUCAGAGCGGGUGUGACAGUCAUCAUCAUCGAUAUGCUACUCAACUUCAUCUGGCUGCCCAUCGGCGUGUCUAACACGUACGGCUUUCAGUCCGCCGAAUAUGUGUUUACGUCUACAUACAAUGGUGGGGACACCAGUCCCGGACUGAACUGGGUUUUAUCCUGGUAUCUGGUCGGUAGUUGUCUCGUGGGUCAGGAUGCUUCGGGCCAUGUCGCCGAAGAGACGGUUUCGGCCAAAAAGGCCGCCGCGAAGGGUAUAUUCUGGGCAACCGUUGCGUCUGCGUUGUGUGGAUUCCCGAUCAUCAUCUUAUUUCUUUUCUGUAUGCCUCCAAUUGAGACAUUCUACGACACUAGCGUACCCCAGCCGUUCAUCAACAUGUACGCGAUGGCCCUCGGUCCUCAUGCGCACGUUGUGAUGACCAUUGUCGCGAUGGUCGGAGCAAUUCUCAACACUUCGAUUUCAUUGGUUGCUGUAUCACGACUUGUGUUCGCCGUGGCACGCGACGGUGUGUUUCCGUUCAGCGAUGUGCUGUCGCGUGUGUCGAAGUCGAAGCAGCCCCACAACGCUGUCAUCCUCAUCUCCGGUAUUGCUGCACUUCUCCUCUGCACUCAGCUCCCGUCGCAAGUGGCCUUCUCCAGCUUAAUCUCUACCUCGGCUGCAGGUUCCCUCGCAGCAUAUGGAUUGGUUGGAAUCGGCCGCUCGUUCAUUACACGUAAGUCGUUCCGUCCAGGCUUUUGGGAUUUGGGCCGGUUUGGCAUAGUCGCCGCCGUUGUUACAUUCUUGUGGAACGGGUUUGCUUUUGCUGUUCUGUGCGCCCCGGCCUACUCGGACAGCGCAAUUGACGAGGAUUCAACUUUGUUCAACUACGCGAUUGUGAUCAUGGGCGGUGUGACUAUCAUCGCGAUUGUCGAGUGGUGGCGCAAGUCCAAUGGCGAUUGGUUUGGGCAUCUUAAAAUCGUUGACUCGGAGACCGAGAUAAAGUACUCUAUUGGAUCUGAGGAGAGAAAGAAUGCUUCGGUGGAUACGACUACUCUUUGA